AUGGUCAAGUGGACGGCGACUUUGAUUUUGUCAAGAAAUCGCGAGAUGGUAAAAUUUAAAUUCCAGGUUAACUACUUGCUUAAACUGACGCAGCUUCAUGAUUUGAAGGUUAAAGUAACUAUUCCUGUUGGCCCAAAUAUCUGUACGGGAGUAAUCUUUCAUAGGGAUUUGAGAACAAUGGAUGAAAGCGAAAUUCUUGAAAACAUGAAGGACCAAGGCGUAAUUGAUGUGAAUUGCAUGACCAAGAAAGACGAGAAUAUGCGAACGAAAACCGGAUUGUGUUUUUUAACCUUUGCUUCGAGUAAAAUUCCUAAGUAUGUCUAUGAUGGAUACGAUCGUGUCCAAGUAAGACCUUACAUUCAAAAACCUAUGCGCUGUAAUAGAUGCCAAAAAUUUGGACACAACUCAUUACGUUGCAUUGACAAGGACACUGAUAAAUUCACUUGCAGUAAAUAUGCUGGAGCUCAUGACACCACUACAUGUACUGGAAACCCUUCCAAGUAUGCUAACUGUGCAGGUCCCCAUCAGUCAGGUUCUGCCAAGCGCAGCAGCCUGAAGUAG